GAGACCCGCUUCGUUUCCAUCGGUUCUCUUUUAUAUUCCUUUAUCCGAUUUCCUAACAUUGUAGGGUUUCAGAUCUCUCUCUCUCUCUCUCUCUCUAAACAAUUUCUUAAAACCCUAACUUUAAAGUCCCUAACAAUGGUGCCGCCUAUGAAGCAACACAAGCUAGGGAAAGAAUCGGAUGAAUUGGAAACACCGUCGAACAAUUUGUGGGUGGGGAACUUGUCGGGCGAGACGGUGGAUUCGGAUCUAAUGGAGUUGUUCAACAAGUACGGCCCACUCGAUAGCGUCACAACUUACUCGUUGAGAAGCUACGCUUUUGUGUUCUUUGAGCGCGUGGAGGAUGCGAAAGCGGCGAAGGACGCGCUUCAAGGAGCGACCUUGCACGGAAACCAGAUCAAGAUUGAGUUCGCUCGACCGGCAAAACCUUGUAAGAAUCUUUGGGUUGGUGGAAUUAGCCAAACUGUUUCUAAGGAAGAAUUGGAAGAAGAAUUUUGCAAGUUUGGUAAAAUUGAAGAUUUCAAGUUCCUUAGAGAUCGUAAUACUGCAUUUGUUGAGUAUUUCAGAAUGGAAGAUGCUUCCCAGGCCAUGAGAAGCAUGAAUGGGAAGCGAAUAGGUGGUGAACAGAUACGUGUUGAUUUCUUAAGAUCCCACCCUUCAAGAAGAGAACAAUGGCCUAAUUCUCAUGACCUCAGAGAUGGGCCUUUUUCUAGUAGGAUGGGGCCUUCCGAGGGCCAUUCCAUGGCAAAAAGACUGCAUCCUCAAUUAGGUGGCCGAAGAGGAGAUGGUCAGCCUAGCAAUGUUUUGUGGGUAGGUUAUCCUCCCUCUGUGCAGAUUGAUGAACAAAUGCUUCAUAAUGCUAUGAUUCUGUUUGGUGAGAUUGAGAGAAUUAAGAGCUUCCCUUCAAGACACUAUGCCUUUGUGGAGUUCAGGAGUGUGGAGGAAGCUCGGCGUGCAAAAGAGGGCUUACAGGGUCGUUUAUUUAAUGAUCCAAGGAUCACUAUUAUGUUCUCAAGUAGUGAACUUGCACCUGGGAAAGAUUACUCUGGCUUUUAUUCAGGCAUAAAGGGGCCAAGGCCAGACAUGCUCUACACUGAUCAUCCAUUUAGACCUUCACAAGUGGACAUGUUUGGUCAAAAUCAUUCAGUAUUACCAAAUUCAGUAUCUGGACCAUUACCACCUGGCAGCAUUCUUGGAUCAAAUGUGUCAAUCAGGCCUUUUAGUCAUCAAGGUAGCUAUGAGCCUCUUGUUUCGGGUUCAGAAUUCAACGAUUUAUCUGCACAUCAUAAUAUGCAGGACGCUGAUCCUAAAACUCUUAUAAGUCCAAAUUGGAGAAGGCCUUCUCCUCCUCUCCCUUCUGCCCAAGGUUUUAGGCCUCCAAUGAGACAGGCUUCUGGGUCAUGGGAUGUUUAUGAUGUGAACCAAUUUCAGAGAGAUGCAAAACGUUCAAGGAUAGAGGCUUCAUUGCCUAUUGAUGAUACUUCUUUUCCUUUAAGAAAGAUGGAUGAUCUUGGGCCUGGCUCAGACCACUCAUAUGGGCUUGGGCCAGUAAUUGGUGGAGCUGCUUCAGGUCCAUUUGCAACUAUCCAAGGGAAGGGUCGUCUAAGUCCGGUGCCUGGAAAGGUCACUGCUGGUGGACCUGGACUAGCCCGUCCUGAUAAUGAUUACAUAUGGCGUGGCAUUAUUGCUAAGGGUGGAACACCAGUUUGUCAUGCUCGAUGUGUUCCCAUAGGAACAGGGGUAGAGACAGAACUUCCCGAAGUUGUUAACUGUUCAGCCAGAACAGGAUUGGAUAUGCUAGCAAAACACUAUCGUGAGGCCAUUGGAUUUGAUAUAGUUUUCUUCUUACCGGAUAGUGAAGAUGAUUUUGCUUCAUACACUGAAUUCCUCCGCUACCUUGGCUUAAAAAACAGAGCUGGUGUUGCUAAGUUUGAUGAUGGGACAACGUUAUUUUUGGUGCCUCCAUCAGAUUUCUUGACAAAGGUUCUAAAAGUUGUAGGACCUGAACGGCUCUAUGGUGUUGUUCUAAAAUUGCCUCCGCAGGUGCUUAGUGCUACAACACUGCAACCACAUCCACCUCUUCUUUCUCAGCCUGAUUAUAGUCUUUCACACUUGAAGGAAGAACAGGCUCUACAGAUGGAGUAUGGGAGGGUUUUGCAUGAGGAUACCAAACCUCCUGCAAGACCCCUUGGGCAAUCUACCAUGCAAAGUCAACCACCCAGUAAUACUGCAGCACUGUCCCAAACUGGUGUUGCUUUGACACCAGAUCUGAUUGCUACUCUAGCUUCUUUACUCCCGACAACCUCACAAUCUACUGCUGUAGGAGGUGUUCAGCCUCCAUUGGUGACAUCAACUACACAGUCCCCAUUUGCUCAAACCCUUGCACCUAAAGGAGCUUCUGCACAAACUUGGAACCAGGACCAGCAAGCUUCUGAACCUCCACCCCCAUCUUUCCAACAGUUUAAUCCUCAGUUGCAAUUGCCACCAAUUCAGCAUUACUCAUCUAUAUCAAGUACACCCAACCAUUCUGCGCAAAUGGCCGUUGGGAGCACUCAGUUUCAGGAAUCUGAAGGUAGCCUGCAACAGCAAGGUGCUGCAUCUUCAAGGCCAUUGACUAAUUUUAAUACUCCUUCUCAAAGUGCACAUGGUGCAGUUUCUGCCCCUAUCAGCCAGCCGUAUCAGCCUGAAGUGCCUUCCAACACACAGAAAGGCUAUGGAAUGAUGCAUGGGGUAGAUGCUUCUGGGUUGUAUGGUGCACCAGCUUUUCAGCAACCCAGCAAUCCUAAUGUUUUGUCUAAUCAGGUUCAUGGUGCAAAUGUUUCCCAGCCACAAAAUGUCAUGCAAGGUGACAGAAAAAAUUUGGAGAUUCCUAGUCAAGUACAGCAGCUGCAAUCUGUGCUUUCUGGAGCUGGCCAGGGCACAUCAGAUGUGGAGGUCGAUAAGAAUCAGCGAUACCAGUCAACACUGCAAUUUGCUGCAAGCCUUCUCCUCCAGAUUCAGCAGCAGCAAACAAAUACUCCAGGCGGACAAGGGACGGGGAGUCAGCUGUGAAAUCUCCUUCAUCUAGGUAAAUUUGAGCUGUUUUGAUGCCUGUAUUUAUCGACCGUUAACGUGAGUUUGCGAUUAGCCGUUUUGCGUUUGAGAAGACAAGUUGGUGGAUUUGCUUGGUGAGGGUGGAGACCUGGCUGCUUCGUAAACAAUCAUCGACUGUUAGAUUAGCUGUUUCCAUGAGGAUGUACAAAUUGGUUUUCUUUUUUCAAUUCCAGUUAGCUUUUGUCAACGAAUCUUCUCCUUGAUUUAUUCAAUUUCCAAUAUUUAGACCAUAAUUUAUGUGCAA